CCUUUCCUACUGAAGAUACUUUUAUAAUGUUGCAACGAUGCUGUUUAAUUAACUCGCACUUAUUAAGAAUAGUAAAAAAUGCAAUGAUCUUCAUUUUUUAAACUUAAAAUAAUUUAACAAAUUUAUAAUCCGUAACAGGUUUCUUUUAUAAAACAAAAUGAAUUCAUAUUUACCAUCUGAAGAUAAAUUUUACGAAAAUGUUCGUCGUAGACGAAUAGCAGAAGAACAACGAAAACAUCGCAUUUUUAAUGCAAAACAGAGACAGAUUGGAUUGGAUGUGGAUGCUUUGAAUCAGCAAGUACAUGAAAAAUACACUGCUAGGAUUAAUGAAGCUGAGCAAGAGAAAAAAUAUGCUGAAGAAACAAAAUGGCAAUUACAUAUGCUUGAACUGGCAGAGCAGCAGAAUCAAGAGCAAAUUCGAGAAAUUAACGAGAAAAUCAACAAGUUUCGUCUGUCAGAGCAGAGACCUCAAUAUAGGAGAGAUUAUGACUUAUAUGAUCCUCAUCAGAAAAGAAAAGAGCGUCCUCCAAGAAUAUCUGAUAAUGACUUUUGCCCUGUUUCAAGUCUUCAAAAGCUUGAAGGAGAAGACUUAAAUUUUGAAGAUCGGUCUAGAAAACAGAAAGAGCAAGUCCAGGAUAAUCUGCUUCAGCAAAUGCUAGAGAACAGGAUUCGGAAAUAUGCGCAGCAGAAAGAAAUGCAUGAUUGGGAGAAUACUGUACUACUACAAGAUAAAAAUGCAUUGCAUAUGCUUGAAAUGGAAUCUGAAAAUUAUAAGAAAUAUGCUAAAAGCCUCAGUGAUACUAACAAACAUUUGGCUUUAUCAACCAUAGAAAGAAAUAUGCAACAAAAGAUGGAAGAAGAAAUUGAAAAUAGGAAAGACAUUGAGACAAACUUUUAUGGAGAUUUGCUAACAGAAAACCCAUUAGUAGCAAAAAGUUCAUUUGGACCACAUCGUGUAGUAACAGACAGAUGGAAAGGAAUGAGUAAACAACAAGUGCAAGAAUAUAUUUCAGGUCAAGUGCAGCAAAUUCUUGACAAGAAGCAAAUGAAGCAACAAGAAUUACAUGAAGCUAGUAAAUGGGCUGAGUGUAUUAAAAAUCAAGAAAAUAUUUUACUAGUGAAUGAUGAAAAUGAAAAAAGGGAGAAGUCAGAAAUCAAUAAAACACUGGCACUCGAAAACAAACAGCUUGCCCAACAACAAAAAUGUCAGCAAGAAUACAUUAACAAAGUUCUUAAUACAAAUGUACCUUCAACUGAGUAUUUUACACAAUUUAAUACAACAUCAAGGUAAUGUAAAUAAUAGAAAUUGCACAUUAUAAUAUUUUAAGAAGUUAUAAAAAGCAUUACUUUAAUGAAUCCUAUACUUUUGGUUACAUAAUAUUAACACAGAUAAAUCAUAUUACAUCUUACUGCACUUUAUAUACAUUUUUAAAGAGUAAAAAUUUUUUAUUGACAUUUCCCUUAUAUUUUCAGUUGUCUUAAUAAACUGUAUUUAUAUUGCAUAGAAGCAUGCCCAACCGUCAUAAAUAAGUCUUGAGAAAAAUCUUAAACUAAGUAUUACAAUUUGUAUAUUGGUUAAUACUUUGUUAUUUGCCAAUGCAAGGGCUCAUAAUAAUGAAACAUAAAAUUGCUAUGAUAAAAAUGUUUAUUAAUCAUAAUAAAAUUCUCUCAAAUGUGAAAAUAUCUGAGAAUAAAUAGUCAUAUUAUCUCUCACCAGUGCACAGGAUACUUCCUUUAACACGUAUACUGCUGCAUUAACACUUUCAUAUUGUUAAUCUAACGAUUUUAUGAUCUGUCUGCAACAAAUAAUAAUAAUGAAAAAAAAAAAAAAAUGUCAAUAACAGGUAGCUGACCCAAUGCAUCACGACUUCAGAAAUUCUGGAUUUGGGAUUUUUCUGGAUAAUAGGUAAUCAGUUUAAACCUAGUAAGAUGACAUGUAGAAAUUACAAAAUUAAAAAUUUGACAUAGUGAUUUAUGAAAUAAUGAAGCAUUUAUGACCUUUUGGAAAUCAAAAUUUAUAAAAGAGGAAGGAAAAACCUUCAAUAUUAUAUUUUAUUAAACAUUUCUUUCAAUUUAUUUGAUUUGAUUCGUUUCUUGUGCUAAUACUUCUAAGUUUACAGAUAGACAUGAUUUUUUAUCCAGUUACAAAGUUCUAUUGUAACUGCCGCUUUGAAAAUUCCCACUAAAUCGGCAAUAGAAAAUUUUUGGUUCUCAGCAAACUUCCUAUCGUUUUCUUCAAUAUCUGAUAUAUCUUCACUAUUGUUUGCAAUGCCUGAAAACCUUGACUAGUACCUGCUAUACAAUAUUAUAUAAUUGCAAUGCAUCAUGGUUUUGGUUUUAUGAGAUUACGGCAGAGCUUCGAGAGCUAUCUGACUAAGGGAAGGGAUUCCUUCGUGGAGGACUUUCUAAGGGAAAGUGGCUCAUAUACAUGUUAGACAUGGGGAAACCACAAAAAUGCCCAUGCAGCCAACCCUAUCACAGGAUUUGAACCUCCAAUGCAUCAUGAGACUGGUGAUUAAAGAUAUGUUGUCCUGCUAAAUUUUUUCUCGUUUAUAUUAAUAUUGAUGAAGACUUACUUUAGUUUAGUCAUUUACUAUAUUUAUGACUAUUUCCCACACAUGCUAAGGGCUUUUAAGUCCUGAAUAAAUUCCCAUAUGUACAAUAUAAGUUGUAUUUUACAUAAAGCUUAUCCAAGGCUAGCGCUACCCAUUUUGUGGCUUGGUGCAGUCUGUGCUAACAACUGCCUCACUAAAGUCUAAAAAUUUUGCAUCCCAGUGCCUUCCCGUAAUUCUUAAGAUUUGUCAUCGUUUAGUUUGUUUUGUUACUCCUCUAAAUUCUAAAAAUUUUGCUUCUAAAUUCUGGUAUGGAUCCUGGGUUUAAAUGAAUAGCAAAUUAAAUUCUCAACUGAAACAAUAAUAAAUGCAAUCUUUCGACUUAUGAGUAUCAUUUGCAAAAUCAAUUUUUGCUAAAUUUCUCCUCAUCAAUACACUCAGCAAUUCAGAGUGGAGUUAGUUGAAGUCUGUAAUCAUUGCCAAGUGUAAUUUCAAGAUAAAUGUUACUAUGCUUUUUAGAUUUCAACUACUAAUAGUAGAAAUAACAAAAAUAAUAACUUGUUUAGGCGCUGCUGUGUAAGUCAUUUCUCAAUCUGCAGUAUGCUGAUAGUCAUGCAAUGAUAAAAGAAAAAAAUAAUAAAUAAUGAUUCACAAGGUUGGUGUCAGUGCUGAAGUAAAAUUAAGAAGUGGGGCUUCUACAUUUUAUUAUGAAAAAAUAUCAAAUGUGCAAGCAUAAAAAAAUUCUAAAAAAAAGGAGGGGGUGCUAGUGAUCUAGAUGUCCUCAAUUUUGAUCAGGGAUAUCAACCUUUCACUCCUAGUAAAUCAGGUUUCGUAUACUUCAGUUUUCCCUUGUAAAUAUUCUGUCUCAAAUAUCAUAUGGGGCUCAGUUUUUAUUGAAGGCUUAUCAUAUUUAUCUGAAAUUUCAAAACAGAAAAAAAAAUACACUUAAUUUUCUUUAAAUUAAGGAAUUGUAUUAGAUUGCUACAACAUAUCUUGAAUACUGACCUAGAUGUUAUGAGCUUUAAACAUUCAACUCUAAUCAAAAAUCAGUAAUAUUAAAAAUGUAUGUAGUAUACAUUAUUUCAAUCUGAAGACUGGUAAUUUUGUUUUAUUUACUUAAUAUCACAGAUUGGAGAAUUUCUAGACAUUUAUAAGAAGAUAAUGUCUGAUAUGGUUGACUUAUUGAGCUUUGUUUAUUAUAUUGUGUUCAGAAAAUAAACAUGCCUCAAAUUUGCUAAAAUUAUAUCCAGGACCUUAAAUUUUAUGGCACAAAAUAUUAGUUUUCCUUGUCUACAUACUUUUUUAUAUUUUUGAAAACAUACUGAUGCCUUCUUUUGCUCUUUUUAUGACUUCCUUUCAUCAAAAUGGUAUAAAAAGUGAAAGCAGCCAAUCAUAUUCCCCUUUAUUUGAAGCUUUUGAAGAGGGAUGAACAUUUUAACAACAAAACUAAGUAUUCUGAAGAUCAUAUCCUAACAAAAGAAAAUAUUAAAAUGUCAUAGUUUAACAGCUUAAAGGAUUUUGAAAUCUAAAGCAAACUGCUUCAAACUCAAUGUUAAUCAUCAUGUUUAUUUUCAUAACUUUCAAGUUUCAUUGUGGGGAGUGGGAAGAGCUAUGUUUAACUGAACAUAAGAUUCUGAGAUAAAUGAGCUACAACAGUGGUCUCAAAUUCAGGAGGCAAAUCAUGCAGGCCAAUUACAUGAUCUGAAAGCAGCUAAUGGGCUGAAUGUAAAAAAGAAUGUUCUGGUACUUCAGGAUUAAAGUGACCAUAUUGGUCAGUCACCAAAUUUGAUAACAUUUUUAAUCUGCAAUAGAUUUGAUGUUUAAGUUGUUUUGAUUAUAAUUGUUAUUCACAUGUUAUCAACAAUUCAGUAUUUCUCUUUUCCUCUAAAAUAAGAGCACUUUGAUUUAUAAAUAAUUAGAAGAGAAGCAGAAUUUUUUUGGCAUAUUUAUAAUGAUGCCAGUUUUUUUUUUUUUUUUUUUUUUCCCUCUCAAGCUCACUUUUGACAACAUGUAAUUCUACAGUUACUUGUUUUCUCUUUAAAAUGUUGGUAAUUUUUAACUUUCUAUCAGUCUGAAAAUAAACAUCAGGUUCUUUAUGAUACUGUUCAUUUUUUCAUAUUUUCCAUUACUAAUUUUUCCUCUUAAAUGUUGACUUACCUUCAACUUUAAAAAGAGCAGUGGUUUUCUUCCAAGAGAAUGGAAUUUUGCACACUGAGCAAAGUUUAAAAUGGCUAUCAAAUGAAAUUAUUUAUAGAUAAGCAAAGUUUUGGAAAUGUAAUAUCAAAAUUUGCAGGGAAGAAAAAAGGUCUUCCAGCCAAUAACUGGUUUCAUAGAUCCAGGAUUCAUUUUCUCACUACUUUUUGCUUCAUAAAUUGUUAGGCUCAAAACCUAUUUUCUGUGAAAUGGGGUAACAAACAGUUAAAUAUCAAUAUAUAUCUGAUGCACUUAUCAGAGCAAGCAACUUGUAAAGGCCAGUUUUCAACAUUUCACAGUGAAUCGUAAACACAGUUGUGUAUAUCCAACAUCUGGUUCAAAUAUCUAGAAAGUCAUAUAACUCUGGGCUGCAGUUAUGUAGAAAUAAAAGACGAACAAGAAUGGCUCGUCAACACUUGGAUUCAUUUUUAAUGGAAUUUAUGUGGCAGAAGUAUGAAGGACAAGACAAAAUAUUCCAUUGUAUUAUAAGCAGCAAUUGUCCAAUAAUGGCCAUCACAAAUGUAAAUAAAUAUUACUAAUUGUUAAAUAAAUGUUAUUCUUUAUAUUCCAA